AUGGCUUUGCAAAUAUAUCCACCGACCAGAGGGAAGAAACCCGAACAGAGCGAGGAUUCGGAUACAGUUGAGCCAAACAAUGAACGCAAACCUGCUGCGCCAGUAGACCCGUUGAACGCGAACAACACGAUCAACCAAAAUGCCCUGCUGGACCUUUGCAACGAAGUCCGAACUAGCCUUCAGGAAGAUGCUUGUCUCGGACCGAGGGGCGAUGUUCUUAUGCGGCUAUUGGGCGCCGUCAUCAAGAGCGAAUACGAUGAAGCGCCCAUCCUUAACCUCAAGCUCAUCCGAGCCACCCGUUUGGACAAACUGCUUGCCGAUAUCCAUGACAGGACCCGUCACCUCGAGCGCAUGAGCCCGGAUCUACGGGCCUGCCUGUCGAUAGCCGACAGCCUUCAGAGACAUUGGAGAAUGAGGCUACGGGAUGGGUAUCUGGGACUGGACAAUUCCCGCUAUCGUGGACUGACACAGAAGAAUGGACGGUUGGAUAAUGUCUUUUUUGACGACGCAAAGCGUGGAGAAGCAUGCCAGUGGGCUGCUAAGAGCGGAGAGGCACUCUCUGAAGUCGAAGGAAAUACUGAAAUCAAGGAAGGACAUUGGUGGUUAACCUUGGCCUGCGCCCAACGAGACGGAAUUGUCUGCGGCUCUUCCGACUCCGUGUCAAAGGGUAGAUAUGGCAUUGCCACCAUGCCUUUGCUCACAGGAACCGAGAUAGCACAAUGGCCUGCUGGGACAACAAAGUAUGUGAGAGAGGGAACGCUGAGGGACAUGUGUGUGGGACUUAUAUCGCAGGUUGGCACCAGGAUCCGCGUUCUCCGUGGCCACCUUCUUAAAAGCCCCUUUGCACCAAGGGGUGGUUUGCGGUACGAUGGACAGUACAUCAUUCGCCGGUACGGGCAGAGCCGCAACCAGCUCACGGGAGUGUUUCGUCUAAGCAUCGAACUGGAGCGCGUCGGAGCGCAAAAGCCAAUGCAUGAAAUAUGUCUGUCGCCCAAGCCGUCGGAUAUGGAUGACUGGCAUCUGUUUGAGAAGCUUGAGAGUGACAUCCUCAAGAAGAAAUGGGACGACGAGAGGUAUCUGGAGUGGAUACGGGAGAGGGCCCAGAAGAAAGCCGAGCAGGAGCAAUUCCUGGAAAUGGUCCAGCUUGAGUCGAUGAAGGCCAUCCAGAGGAUGAGAGACGAGAACAUCCUAGAGUCAGAGGACCUGGAGGAGCUGAGAGACGUCCAUAAACUUGCAGAUCUCAAGUGGGAGCGAUGA